AUGAUUCAGGACUCCGAACCUCAGAAGUUGCUCUUCAGCAAUGUCGAUCCUGUAAAAUCUAGUGCAAUGCAAAAGAAAAUACGUCAAAAGUAUUUUAAAAAUGAUGCUGUAAUUAAAGCUUAUAAGUGUGAUUUAAUGAGCCAGAAUAUAAAUACUCCUGUUAAGCUGUACGUUUGUCAUUCGGCCUUAAAUCUUGUCCAUCGUCCGAAGCGAAGAAUACUGACAGCACUUCUUUUCAGUCAAAUCGUUGAACUUAAGGUCCAAAAUGAACACUCUGUAAAUAUACACACCACUAGUAACGAGACAUACACUUUGGCUAACUUUGAACGAUCAGAUUCAGCUAUAGCUUUUCUACGCAAUUAUUGGGAGGUCAUUUUAAAAGAAAAGUGUUUUUCUCCGUCGUAUGGAAGCUCACCAGCUAACAGAUUAUUUGUUACCAAUAAUACUACUGCUAAUAAUAACAACACUAAUGACCUUUUAACUCACCCAAAUGCAAUUAUAAGUGAUCUCUACAAUCGUUUACUAAUUUCAAAAGGCUCAACCACUGUCAGUUUAACAAGUACCAGUGGCGGUGCCACAGGAAGUAUUAGCAAUAGUGAAACGGAGAGUGUCGUCGGUGUAAAAAAACAAGAAUCUUCAAUUCGUAAAUUCAAUCUGGGUGUUCGUAAACCAUCUCUUAUUGAAUUGAAUCAUUUAAAUAAAGAAACAACAAAUCAAAAUAUCAAUAUUGGAUCCAAUGAUGUCAUUCAACAUAAUGAUAAUUCUAAUGUUACUAACCCAAUUGUAAAUAAUCUAUGCUCCACUCCAUCUCUUUCAAAUAACCCUAUAAAACAGAAUAAUACAACAGUUUAUCAACAACAUACUAAAACUUAUAAUAAUGAAACAGUCAAUACUAAUAGUAGUAAUAAUAAUAAGUUUAAUUUUAAUAGACCAAAUGUUACUAUAUCAACGGAUUGGAAUUGGUGGCCAUUUAAUGUCCUUACCUAUCUGUUUAAUGCAUCUCCUUCACAAAGAUUUACCAUGAUGAUUGCAUAUGCUAUUUUAGGUUUUUUAUUCCUAUCAACAAUACAUCUAUAUCAUCGAUUAGCAUUAAUUGAUUUACAAACUGGUCCAACUAUACGUCGUGCUGGAAUUCAUCAACAAUCAUCUACAUCUAAUUCAGAAUUACAUAAUUUAGAAUCACAAUUAACUUAUUUAACUCAACUUACUUCAAAAAUGGUUGAAACACUUGGUUAUUUAACAUCAGAAUUAAAUAGUUUUGUAUUAUAUUCUAAUCCAGAGAAAUUUUCACCAGAUCAAUCCACUUUAAAUACAUAAUAUAUAUUGUAUACAAAAUGUAAUUAUCAGUAGUAUUAUUAUUAGUAUUAACAUUAUUAUUACUACUAUUAUAUGUCUUGUAUUAUUGUUGCAUUUCAUUUCAACGAUCUUGUUUGUUGAUCUUUCUUCUUUUGGUUCACAACUCAUAUAAACAUUCCCCACUAUCAGAUCAAAAUGCACAUACACUCACACACACACAAGUAUAUUACAGUGUUAUCUAACAAGUUCACGUGUAUACAUGUUUUUUGUAUAUAUCUUUCAUUAUUAAUGUAUUUCUUCUUUGUCUUUGUAUGUAUAGUUCAUUAUCAUCUAUCUAAACAGUAUCUACAAUUUAAUCAAACUAUAUUGAUCUCAUUACCAUAGAAAAAAAAAAAAGAAAAGGGAAUAAUGCCCUCCACCCCUCAUUACCCCUCUUAUCCAUGUUUUGCUUUUUCUUCUUCUUCUACUUCUUCCAAUAAAAUAUACACUACUUACUACCUCUUUUUUCGAUUAUCAUUUAUGUAACGAAUAGUGAAUUGUGUUGAUAUCACUAUCUCACUAUUUUCAUUAUAUACUAUCAUUGGUAAUAAUAGUAGCAUACAAUGUUUCAUCCCUCCUCUCUUCCUUAAUUUUCUAUAUCACUUUUUCAUCUCUCUCGCUUUGUCAAGUUCCUAUACACAUUAACUUGUAAUCUU